AAAAGAUCACGAUAUAUAAUAAUGGCGCUAUACCAUCUGCUGAAUUUGGCGGCACCAAAGUCGCACCUCAACUCCUCGCUCCGCUUACCACCUUAUUCUUUCUUCCUAGAAUCUAGUAGACAUCCUCAAUCUCUUUGCAUACAGCUUUCCCUCAGACCAAAUCCUUUCCUCUCACUACUCUUUUCUCUACUGGGUCCACGAGAUUUUUGCAGAAGCCAAGAACAACAAUCGAAAUGGAGGAUUCUGAAAAUUUAUUGCCCAGCCUUCUGUGUAGAGAAGAUGAGUCCUGUUUGAACGAGCAGUACCAUCACAAAGAUGAAAACUUGGGUUUCUGUUUUGUUUCUGAGUCUGAUUCUGAGUAUAUUGAGAUGUUGAUCCAGAAGGAGGCCGUCUUUCAAUCAAUUGCCGAUAAUCCUUCAGAGAAGAGUGAAAGAAGCUGGUUGAAAUGCGCACGUGGGGACGCCGUCAAAUGGAUUCUUGAAACGAGGGCUCUCUUUGGAUUUCACUUUCGUACAGCAUAUCUGUCGCUGAUUUACUUUGAUCGGUUCUUCUCAACAAGGUCGAUUGAUAACGGGAAGUUGUGGGCUAUUCGAUUACUAUCAGUGGCGUGUUUAUCUUUGGCUGCAAAAAUGGAGGAAUGUGAAGUGCCUGCGUUGUCCGAAUAUCAUGUAGAGGAAUACAAUUUUGAAGGAAAUGUGAUCCAGAGGAUGGAAUUACUGGUCUUGAAUACUUUGGAAUGGAAAAUGAGCUGUGCCACUCCUUUUGCAUAUCUGAACUAUUUCACCGCGAAGUUCUGUGGGGAAUUUAGGCAUAAAGAACUGGUAACACGAGCAGUCGAGUUAAUCUUGGCAGUAAUGGAAGAGAUUAAUGUGGUGGAACAUCGGCCAUCCAUUAUUGCAGCAGCAGCAGUCUUGGCAGCUUAUGAUUAUCAGUUAACGAGAAAACGACUGGAGAUUAAGAUGAAUGCAGUCCCAUCAUGGGGGUCCCUGGAAAAAGAGCAUGCAUUGUCCUGUUAUGGUCUGUUGAAAUCCAAGACGGCGAGAUUGAUUAUUUACCCUGAUUCACUGUCCACUCGAUCAAGCUUGAUUGACGUUCUUGACGAUUCAACGAUCACAUCCAGUGUUGGCAAGAAAAGAAGACUAUCCUAUAUUGAUGGUGAUCAGCAUUGCCCUUUGCCCAAGAUUCAUAAAUCAUAAUAAGUGCGAGUAUGGUCCUUUAUGAAGAAGAUUAAUCGGUAGUUCUCAAGGCACAACUGGCGACAUUUCGAACUUUGCAGAUAAUAUUGGAUUAAAUUCUCUAAUGGAAGUUAAGCACCAAAGACAUGUUAUGCUUGAUAAGGGGCUCAGCAAAAGCCUAAGGCGGUGACAACCAGGCAAAUAGUGAAAGGUGGGAGGUGCAUAAAUAAAGAAAAGCAUAGCUUUAGCUUACAAGUGAUGAGUGAGAAGCUGACUAAAGUAGAAAAGCUAGUUGGUGAUUGUGUGAGAGCCAAUACACUCCAUUAAAGCCUGUGGGAUUCUCAUUUGUAGUAGUGUUUGGCUCUGUGAAUGCUGCUGCUUGUAGCUUUUUCCUGAAAUUGUUGUUUAUUCACAACAUCCUUCAUUCUUUUGCUUUGAGCUGUUGUGUAUCCCUGAUGGAGAGACUCUUGAGAUGCUUUCUGUGUUUCAAAAAGCUAAAAAGCUGUGGAUGGGGAAUGAGGAAUGAGAAAUUGUUUUUGUUUGAUGUGA